AUGCCAAGAUGUCAAAUUGUAAACUUCGAAUACAUACAUCGAUAUGGUUCAGAAGCUCGACUAGAUUUUCGAACGAUAUGUAGUAAACCUACAAUUAAAUUCAUUGACAACAAUUGCGUCACAUCGGAAUCUCUUCCCAUUGAUCUGGUUGUGUCCAAACGUAAACGAUCAUCAAACGAGAAUGAGCAAGACUUUUUAAACGAAUCGACGACAAAUCCGAGUUACUACUAUCAUCCACACAGUUCUACAAUCUUCGACGGCCAACCGUCGAUGGCAAGCUAUUCAUUCUCCUCGCCGGGAUACGUUAACAUACCUCCAUACUACAAUACUACACCAAAUGGAUACUCGGGAUUGAAUUUUCAAUAUCCUUUACCUGAAGCGUAUUCAACUCCUGGUGCUGCAUCGGCAACGAGUCUAACAAGUCCAUCGCCGUAUGGUACUCAAUCCACUCUAGAUACAAGUUAUUAUCAUCAAUUUCAACCAUCCCUUGGCUAUCCAUGUUACUCAGCAGCUACCUAUCCAUCACCGUACAAUCUCAAUUCGUCAACAACAUCUCCAAAUCAAUUAACAUCUUCGUUAAAAAACUCUCAAGGAUAUCCAAUUGAAUCCCUUCCACCGACAAUUCUCGAUCAUCCGAAUCAGUAUUCGAAUCCAAGUGUACUUUCAUCUCCCAACUCUCCAUCACCUUCGAUUAAAACGGAAACAAGUGCACGAUCAUCGAAAUCGAAAAAUAAUCGUGGAAGAAAUAAAACUCAACAACAGCAAUCAUCGCCUGAUCCAGAUAAUCAUAUUGAAAGAAUAUUUGUUUGGGAUUUAGAUGAAACAAUUAUUAUCCUACAUUCAUUGUUAACAGGCACAUAUGCUCAACGUUAUCAAAAAGAUGCUCAAGCAGCCAUGGCACUUGGUUUACGUAUUGAAGAUAUCAUUUUUAACUUAGCUGAUGCACAUUUAUUUUUCAACGAUUUGGAAGAAUGCGAUCAAGUUCAUAUCGAUGAUGUUUCAUCCGACGAUAAUGGACAAGAUCUCAGUAAUUACAAUUUCUCUGCGGAUGGUUUUCAUUCAUCAAGCAAUGUUAAUAAUCCAUGUAUCAGUAGUACAGUUCGCGGUGGAGUUGAUUGGAUGCGUAAAUUAGCUUUUCGCUAUCGACGUAUAAAGGAAAUCUACAAUACAUAUCGAAUAAAUCCUCAAAAUUUACUUGGUCAACAAAAACACGAAGAUCUACUUCAAUUGCGUGCUGAUAUUGAGAGUUUAACCGGCUCAUGGCUUUCAUUAGCAAUAAAAGCAUUGAAUAUUAUUAAACAACGAAAAAAUUGUAUCAAUAUUCUUGUUACAACAUGUCAAUUAGUACCAGCGUUGUCGAAAGUUAUUCUAUACGGACUCGGUGGUGUGUUUGAUAUCGAAAAUAUUUAUAGCGCGACUAAAAUUGGCAAAGAAAGUUGUUUCGAACGUAUACACACAAGAUUUGGACGAAAGCCGACCUAUGUGGUCGUUGGCGAUGGUCGAGAUGAAGAAUUAGCUGCUAAACAGCUUUCCUGGCCAUUUUGGCGUGUUAGUGAACAUCAGAAUCUGACCGCACUUAUUCAUGCACUCGAAUGGCAAUUUUUAUAA